AUCAGGCUGACAGCAGCUACCAAAUUUGCAGUACCUGGGGCUGAAUUGCAGCAAACUUAGCAGUACGUGCAGCUGACGCAGAGCUACAGCCUGAAGCCAUGGGCAGGGACCUGAUAGUGAAGAUGCUGGGAGAAGAGUUCCCAGUGCCCCUGAAUGAGUACAUGACACUGUCAGAACUGAAGCAGCAAAUCACUCAGAAGAUUGGUGUACCUGCCUUCCAGCAGCACCUGGCCCACCCAAAUGGCACUGUGCUGCAGGAUAAAGUCUCUCUCAUCAGCCAGGGCUUGGGUCCUGGCAGCACCAUCCUGCUGGUGGUAAAGAACUGCAAUGACCCCUUGAGCAUCCUGGUGAGGAAUGACAAGGGCCGUAGCAGGAGCUAUGAAGUCCGGCUGACGCAGAGUGUAGCACAACUCAAGCAGCAAGUGUGCAAGCAAGAAGGAGCACGGGAAGAUCUGUGUUGGCUGAGCUUUGAGGGAAAGCCCAUGGAGGACCAGCACCUGCUGGGGGACUAUGACCUCAAGCCCCAGUGCACUGUGUACAUGAAUUUGCGCCUGCGAGGAGGUGCAGAAGGGCCUGGAGGGCUGUGCUGAGGGCCCUUGUAGGGAUCCAGCACUGGUAAUAAAAGUGCAAAGAAAACCUCUUGUCUCCUGUCUUCGCUGUCCUGGCCCCCCGAAUGCCUUCUCCUCUGCACUCUUCCUUGAUAAGGAGUCAGGUGAGAGAAUCCUGGUGUGGUUACUAGGUCAGGGUUGCCAAGUCCUGGGAUAAGGGUUUCACAGAUCCUAGUGGGAUCCACAUAAUGAUUUUCCUUUUCCCACACUCUUGGAUUCAUUUCUAGAGAAAUGAAGAGACACAUCUGUUGGGAGCCCCCUAGCCAGGUGAAGUCACAGGUGGCACUUGAGCAACUGGUCCCCAUCACAUCUGGAUAAACAGACAUAAUGAGUCAGGUACGAUCUGGUCCCACAUUCCUAGAGCUGCUGGAUGCAGUGAGGGCAGGUCCCUUGGGCUUCCUGGGAGGGCUGAGGGAGGCUGAUGUCCACCGCUGGGGACUGGUGCAGGGACAAGGCCGGCCUAAGGACUUACAGCAAGAGCUAGCUGCUAAGAGAGGUUGGGUGGCCAGCAAGUACAUACCCUUCAUGGCUUUGCCUAAUGGGCAGGCCAUAGGGGGCGCACCCUAUCCACAAAGGAGAUCAUGUCACGUAGAAAAGGUGCCCUAUUUGGAACAAGCUUUACCCUCUUCCCAUAUUUCUGGAUAUUUCUGUCUUUUUCUCCUAUAUCAACUUACCCUGUGAGUCUCCCGGCCUAAUAGUCACAGGCAAAAUAGGCAGGGUGUGCCUCUCUGGGAAAGCCCACCCCAGACCGUGUGAAGCUCUUUGGGACGAUUUGGAUAGAGCCUGCCCAGCAGCUCUGUUUCUGUUGUGUGUGGCGCACA